GCAAGAUCUUGUACAUAACGGUUUUAAUUUUCGUGUGGCGGACUCAAUUAACACCGGGGACCUACUCGGAGAAACACGAACUGACAACGGGCGAACUUCGGUGACUCUGGGACGUGGGCGAUGGACCCAUCUGAUGGUGGUGGAGAUUUGUUACAUUUAUUUCCCCGGGUUCGGCGAUGCGGGGAAAAGAGUGGGGAACUGAACAAACAGAGUCUUCUUGUUCCCCAGUCAUUUUGUCGGCGUUUCUCCUGAUUUAGACCAGGAAGAUCCGGACGGGGAUUCGAAGCCUAGGCUGGACGGAGAGCAGGAUGGCAACAGAAUGGCAUUGGCACGCGUCGGCUGACCUGCCCUGCGUGGGCAUCACUUUUGCACCCUGAAGUAGCGCACUUAGCCGGCGGGGUACCUUUGGAAAAACCCAAUGAGGAAACUGGCGCGAUCCCAAUCACGGUUCUCUCGGUUCCUUCCCUCAACAUGGUUGGACCUGCUGCGACUUCAUCCACUGGCGCCCACGCGUAUGCUCAUCUCAUCGACCCCAGCAGGACGUGGCGCAGCAACCGCCGGCUCAUCGUUCUCAAUGCCUGGCUCGUCCUUCUCCUUAUCACAUCCUCGACCAACGGAUACGAUGGGAGCAUGAUGAACGGGCUCCAGACGCUGCCCCAGUGGAGAGACUACUUCAACAACCCGACCAAGGGAAAGCUCGGUUUGCUGAACGCCAUCCAAAACAUCGGUUCUUUGGCUGCGUACCCGUUCGCCCCUUAUUUGACUGACGGCAUCGGACGUCGCCGGACGGUCUUCAUUGGUGCGGUCAUCAUGUGUAUCGCGACAGCGGUCCAGACUGCGUCGCAGUCGGUCGGCAUGUUCAUCGGAGCUCGAUUCAUGAUCGGCUUCGGAGUUACGAUCGCGGUCAACUCGGCCCCGCUGCUGGUUUCUGAGCUGUCUUACCCGCCUUACCGCGCCCAGCUCACGUCGGUGUACAACUCGCUCUGGUACACCGGCGCGAUCGUUGCGGCGUGGUCAACAUUCGGAACGUUCAAGAUGACACACAGCACCUGGUCGUGGCGAAUCCCUUCCGUGCUCCAGGCUCUCCCGUCGGUCCUGCAGGUCGCGCUUGUGCUCUUUGCACCCGAGUCCCCACGUUGGCUGAUGAGCAAGGGCCGCGAAGCGGAGGCUCUGGACACGCUCGCGUAUUAUCACGCUGACGGCAAUCAAGCAGACCCCCUGGUCAAGUACGAAUUCGAAGAGAUCAAGGCCGCACUGGAGUUCGAUCGGACGGUCGCUGCGAACAUCGGCUGGAAGUCGUUCUUCGCGAGCCCCGGCAACCGCAAGCGUGUCCGGAUCAUCGUCGCGAUCGCCUUCUUCUCGCAAUGGUCCGGCAACGGUCUCGUCUCGUACUACCUCACCAAGGUGCUUGACACAGUCGGCAUCACCGACCCGACGAUCCAGCUGCUCAUCAACGGAGUGCUGCAAAUCUGGAACUUGGGAUGCGCAUUGUCGGCUUCGUGGGCGGUGGAGCGGCUGGGUCGUCGGCUGAUGUUCUUGACGAGUGUGCUCGGGAUGCUGCUGUUCUUCACGCUGCAGACGAUCUGCACGGCUCGCUUCCAGAUCGCGCACACCAAGGGCGCCGGAAACGCGGUGAUUGCGUUCAUCUUCCUGUACUAUGCCGCAUACGACAUCGCCUUCACGCCUCUCAUUGUCACAUACACGCUUGAGAUUCUGCCCUCGCCCAUCCGCGCCAAGGGCUACAACAUCUUCAACUUCACGAUUUCGCUCGCGCUGAUCUUCAACCAAUAUGUCAACCCGAUCGCCAUGGACAGCAUCGACUGGAAGUACUACAUCGUGUACUGCGUGUGGUUGGUCGUCGAGGCCGUCUUCCUCUACUUCUACCUCAUCGAGACCAAGAGCCGGACCCUCGAGGAGACCGCGGCGAUCUUCGACGGCGCGGAGGACAAGAUCAUCGGGGCGGGCGAGCAGCACAUCGACGACAAGAUGGUGGACGAGAAGGUGUCGACCUCCUCCCAAGUCUGAUUUGACGAUAGGCCGAAUCAACUCAAUGUCAUCUCAUGAUAUCCCACUUUACGACUUCUGGGUUCCGUUCCUCUAAUUGCACGGCGGCUACGUCUCUAGUUUUUGGGUUAGUUUGGUUGGCGCGCAUAUGUAUUUUUACGACUAGGUACCACUCAAAAACGAUAUUUUUUGGCGUCAGAAAUUUCCCUGGGAAUGCCAAGGCGCGGGCGUGAGUGAAUUUCCGGCCGUGCCGGAUCCACUUGUG